AAAGGCUCGGUGCUCUCUCUUUUUCCUUCUCUCUCUCUCCCUCUAUCGCUCUCUCUCCGGAUUUUCGCAUCGACUUCAUUAGGGCGAGGGGCUUCAGACAAUCGGGGUUUCAGAUCUCUUGGCGAGUCUAAAAAUUUGCUUUUAUCUAGUUUUCGAGCCCUAGACUGGCCGAUCUAGGGUUUCGAAUCAUCAUUUCCCGGAAACCUCAGAGGGCUUCUCCGGCUUAAUUUCGGUUGUUGGAUCUCGAAUUGCGCAAUCAUGGCGGCAGCUAGCGCGCCGAUCGCGAUGAAGGAGGCUCUCACGUUGACAAGCCUCGGAAUCAAUCCCCAGUUUAUCACAUUUACACACGUGACGAUGGAAUCAGACAAGUACAUCUGUGUGCGAGAAACAUCCCCACAGAAUAGUGUGAUUAUCAUUGAUAUGAAUAUGCCCAAUCAACCGCUGAGAAGGCCUAUUACCGCUGAUUCAGCAUUGAUGAACCCAAAUAGCAGAAUCUUAGCUCUUAAAGCUCAAAUACCGGGAGCUACUCAGGACCACCUCCAAAUAUUCAAUAUUGAGUUGAAGGCUAAGAUCAAAUCCUAUCAGAUGCCUGAGCAGGUUGUCUUCUGGAAGUGGAUUACUCCAAAAUUAUUGGGAUUAGUUACUCAAGCCUCAGUCUAUCACUGGUCUAUAGAAGGUGAAUCGGAGCCUGUAAAGAUGUUUGAUCGAACAGCUAAUCUGGCCAACAAUCAAAUAAUCAACUAUCGGUGUGACCCAUCUGAAAAGUGGCUUGUCUUAAUUGGAAUCGCACCUGGUGCACCAGAAAGGCCUCAACUUGUUAAGGGGAACAUGCAGCUCUUUUCUGUAGAGCAACAGCGUAGUCAAGCUCUGGAGGCUCAUGCUGCUGCAUUUGCAAGUUUUAAAGUACCUGGAAACGAUAAUCCUUCUAUUCUUAUCUGCUUUGCCACCAAGACGAUGAAUGCAGGCCAGAUUACUUCAAAGUUGCAUGUCAUUGAACUCGGUGCACAACCAGGGAAACCGAGCUUCACAAAGAAGCAAGCAGACCUUUUCUUUCCCCCAGACUUUGCUGAUGACUUUCCAGUUUCCAUGCAGAUAUCACAUAAAUAUAGUUUGAUUUAUGUGGUUACCAAGCUUGGACUUCUUUUUGUGUAUGACCUUGAGACUGCUGCUGCAGUUUACAGAAAUCGAAUUAGUCCAGAUCCAAUAUUUUUGACUGCAGAAGCCUCAUCAGUUGGGGGAUUUUAUGCUGUCAAUAGAAGAGGGCAAGUAUUACUUGCUACUGUUAAUGAGGCAACUAUUAUUCCUUUCAUCAGUGGUCAGUUGAACAAUCUGGAGCUAGCAGUAAAUCUUGCGAAGAGGGGAAAUCUUCCAGGUGCAGAAAAUUUGGUUGUUCAACGAUUCCAAGAGUUAUUUUCCCAAACAAAGUACAAGGAGGCAGCUGAGCUUGCUGCAGAAUCUCCUCAAGGAAUUCUGCGCACUCCAGAUACUAUAGCAAAAUUUCAGAGUGUUCCUGUGCAAGCUGGACAAACUCCACCACUGCUCCAGUAUUUUGGGACAUUAUUGACAAAAGGCAAGCUCAAUGCAUUUGAGUCACUUGAGUUAUCUCGCUUGGUUGUGAACCAGAACAAGAAGAAUCUUCUAGAAAAUUGGUUGGCUGAAGACAAGCUUGAGUGCAGUGAGGAGUUGGGGGACCUUGUGAAGACUGUGGACAAUGAUCUUGCACUGAAGAUCUACAUUAAGGCAAGGGCUACCCCCAAAGUUGUAGCUGCUUUUGCUGAGAGGAGGGAGUUUGAUAAAAUACUUAUUUACUCCAAGCAAGUUGGUUAUACCCCAGAUUAUCUCUUUCUUCUACAAACUAUUUUGAGAUCGGACCCUCAGGGGGCUGUCAAUUUUGCACUUAUGAUGUCUCAAAUGGAAGGGGGUUGCCCAGUUGAUUACAACACAAUUACGGAUCUUUUCCUGCAGAGAAAUAUGAUAAGAGAAGCAACAGCGUUUCUGUUGGAUGUCUUGAAGCCAAAUUUGCCAGACCAUGCAUACCUUCAGACAAAGGUAUUGGAAAUCAAUCUAGUCACAUUUCCAAAUGUGGCUGAUGCUAUCUUAGCAAAUGGGAUGUUCAGUCAUUAUGAUCGUCCUCGAAUAGCACAACUAUGUGAAAAAGCUGGCCUUUAUAUGCGAGCCCUUCAGCACUACACUGAUCUGUCUGAUAUCAAACGUGUGAUUGUGAAUACACAUGCCAUUGAGCCUCAGUCACUUGUAGAAUUUUUCGGCACACUCUCAAGAGAGUGGGCAUUGGAAUGCAUGAAAGACCUCCUGUUGGUGAAUCUCAGGGGCAAUCUUCAGAUUAUCGUUCAGACAGCGAAGGAAUACUCAGAACAGCUAGGGGUGGAUGCAUGUAUUAAGCUAUUUGAGCAGUUCAAAUCCUAUGAAGGGCUUUACUUUUUCCUGGGCUCAUAUUUGAGUAUGAGUGAGGAUCCUAUUAUACAUUUCAAGUACAUAGAAGCAGCAGCAAAAACAGGCCAAAUUAAGGAGGUGGAGCGUGUGACAAGGGAAUCUAAUUUCUAUGAUCCUGAGAAGACGAAAAACUUCCUUAUGGAGGCUAAACUUCCAGAUGCACGUCCUCUCAUAAAUGUCUGUGACCGCUUUGGUUUCGUACCUGAUCUCACCCACUACUUAUACUCAAACAACAUGUUGCGGUAUAUUGAAGGCUAUGUACAGAAAGUGAAUCCUGGCAAUGCGCCUUUAGUGGUAGGCCAGCUUUUGGAUGAUGAAUGCCCUGAAGAUUUCAUCAAGGGCCUUAUUCUUUCUGUUCGUUCCCUUCUUCCAGUUGAGCCACUUGUAGACGAGUGUGAAAAGAGGAAUCGCCUCCGUUUGCUUUCUCAGUUCUUAGAACAUCUGGUGAAUGAAGGAAGCCAGGAUGUUCAUGUCCAUAAUGCUCUUGGGAAGAUCAUCAUUGACAGCAACAACAAUCCAGAACACUUCCUCACUACUAAUCCUUACUAUGAUUCACGAGUUGUUGGUAAAUAUUGUGAGAAAAGGGAUCCUACCCUUGCCGUUGUUGCUUAUAGGCGUGGACAAUGUGAUGAUGAGCUUAUCAAUGUCACGAACAAAAAUUCUCUUUUCAAGCUUCAAGCAAGGUAUGUUGUGGAGAGGAUGGAACCAGACCUUUGGGACAAAGUUCUUAACCCUGAAAAUGAGUAUCGCCGCCAGCUUAUAGACCAAGUGGUGUCAACUGCUUUGCCUGAGAGCAAGAGCCCAGAACAAGUAUCUGCAGCAGUGAAAGCAUUUAUGACUGCAGACCUUCCACAUGAACUUAUUGAGCUUCUUGAGAAGAUUGUUCUUCAAAAUUCUGCAUUUAGUGGAAAUUCCAACCUGCAGAACCUGCUGAUCCUUACAGCUAUUAGGGCUGACAAAUCACGAGUCAUGGAUUAUGUGAACAGGCUAGAUAAUUUUGAUGGCCCUGCUGUUGGAGAAAUUGCUGUUGAAGCAGAAUUAUAUGAAGAAGCAUUUGCUAUAUUUAAGAAAUUCAACCUGAAUGUACAGGCAGUGAAUGUUCUGCUGGAUAAUAUCCGAAGCAUUGAUCGUGCAGUUGAGUUUGCUCUCCGUGUUGAAGAAGAAGCUGUUUGGAGCCAACUGGCUAAAGCUCAAUUGAGGGAAGGACUCGUCAGUGAUGCUAUUGAGUCAUUUAUCCGUGCUGAGGAUGCUACCGAGUUCCUGGACGUGAUCAAUGCAGCAGAACAGGUGAAUGCAUACCAGGACUUGGUUAGGUAUCUUCUCAUGGUUAGGCAGAAAACAAAAGAACCUAAGGUGGAUGGCGAGCUCAUUUAUGCUUACGCAAAGAUUGAUAAAUUAGGAGAGAUUGAAGAAUUUAUUCUUUCACCAAAUGUUGCUAAUCUUCAAACUGUGGGAGAUCGGCUAUAUGAUGAAGCAUUAUAUGAAGCUGCUAAGAUUAUAUUCUCAUAUAUCUCAAAUUGGGCAAAACUUGCAUGUACCCUUGUGAAAUUGAAACAAUUCCAAGGUGCUGUUGAUGCUGCGCGUAAAGCUAACAGUUCAAAGACUUGGAAGGAAGUUUGCUUUGCUUGUGUUGAUGCAGAGGAGUUCCGCCUGGCUCAAAUUUGUGGUCUCAACAUUAUAGUACAGGUGGAUGACUUGGAAGAAGUCAGUGAUUACUAUCAGAACAGAGGGUGCUUUGAUGAGCUCAUCAGCCUCAUGGAGAGUGGUCUCGGUCUGGAGCGGGCACAUAUGGGGAUAUUUACAGAGUUGGGUAUCUUGUAUGCAAGAUAUCGUCCAGACAAACUUAUGGAACAUAUCAAGCUGUUCUCCACAAGGCUUAACAUUCCAAAGCUUAUCCGUGUAUGUGAUGAGCAACAGCACUGGAAAGAACUCACAUACUUGUAUAUUCAGUAUGAUGAGUUUGACAAUGCUGCCACAACAAUCAUGAAUCAUUCUCCUGAAGCAUGGGACCAUAUGCAAUUCAAAGAUGUGGCUGUCAAAGUCGCCAACGUGGAGCUGUACUACAAAGCAGUGCACUUUUACUUGCAGGAGCAUCCUGACCUAAUAAAUGAUCUUCUUCAUGUUCUUGCUCUUAAGGUGGACCACACACGUGUUGUUGACAUAAUGCGAAAGGCAGGAAACUUGCAUCUUGUCAAACCAUACAUGGUUGCGGUACAAAGCAACAAUGUUGCUGCUGUAAAUGAAGCUCUUAACGAAAUUUAUGUUGAAGAGGAGGAUUAUGAAAGGCUACGUGAAUCAAUUGAUAUGCAUGAUAACUUUGACCAAAUUGGCCUUGCACAGAAGGUUGAGAAGCAUGAGCUCCUUGAGAUGCGGAGAAUUGCAGCUUACAUAUAUAAGAAGGCUGGUAGAUGGCAGCAAUCGGUUGCACUAUCUAAGAAGGACAACCUCUACAAGGAUGCAAUGGAGACAUGUUCUCAGUCUGGAAACCGUGAGCUUGCGGAAGAGUUGCUGGCUUACUUCAUUGAGAAGGGGAAGAAGGAAUGCUUUGCUGCAUGCUUGUUUAUAUGUUACGACUUAAUCCGUCCUGAUGUUGCUCUUGAGCUUGCCUGGAUGAAUAACAUGAUUGAUUUCACAUUCCCAUACCUUCUACAGUUCAUUCGUGAGUAUACUAGCAAAGUAGAUGAACUAAUAAAGGACAAGCUGGAAGCGCUGCAAGAAGAAAAGUCCAAAGAGAAGGAGGAGAAAGAUUUAGUAGCCCAACAGAACAUGUACGCACAGCUUCUUCCACUUGCAUUGCCUGCACCACCAUCCAUGGGUGGUAUGGGAGGAGGAUUCCAGCCCCCACCGAUGGGAAUGCCACCGGUGGGUGGCAUGGGAAUGCCACCGAUGCCUGCUUUCGGGAUGCCACCAAUGCCGCCUAUGGGUGGGUACUGAAGGUGAAGCUGUACCUUUCACAAUCUGGGGAAAGAGCUUUUUGGCUUUUGCUGAACGACUUAGACGCCAUAGUAAGGCCUGUAAAGAGGAAGAAUUUCUACUCGAGGUUACCACUUUGUUGCCACUAGAUCUCCUAAUUGAUGACCUUUUUUGCAUGCUGUUCAUGGUAUGACGCAUGCCUCUGUAGUAUUCGUUAAACCCUGAAUUGUAAUUUUUUUUUUCUUUUUUGGGUUUGUGUAGAGGUUGAGAAUAGGUUUGUCUGUUCCCAUUUGCAUUUUUGCUUUCUGGAAGAACUGAGUUUGUUGAGCUUUUUUCCUUCUCCCCUUCUCUUUCCACUUCUGGCGAUGGAAGGCUGGAUUCUUUUUCUCUGUCUCUAUUGUAUUGACUGAGAUGGUCUUUGUAUAAUUCAUGUUCUAUCCAGAAAAUUCGUCACUAUAACUUUUGAUGGA